AUGGAAGAAACAAUAUCUCAAUUUAGCAAAACCACAGCCGCCUUCUGCAACCACCUCCAAUCUAGCUGCGACGCUCUCAAACAAUCCGUCGACCGCCGCCCCAUCCCUCUCGAUUCGGCAUCAUCUACAUUUAUCCAAUGCUUGAACAGACGGAUAGCAAGCGCGAGCAGCGAUCUGAACUUACUCGAAUUGAUGUCGUUUGGCACCGUUUCUUUUGAGGAAUUAUUAGGUCAUUGCAAUGAAGUUUAUAAGAACAAUCAGAAUCGUAUUCUUGAAAUUCAAGACCGUCUGGGGAGCUUCGGUUAUGUUCCUGAAGUUGAGAUCGAUGAGGUUGAUUUGAAUACACCGAUGGCGCAAGGUUUCGACUUGAAGGAUGAAUUGGAUCCUUAUUCAGCUUAUAAUGGACCGGUUUCUGUGGCAAGUUCAAUUAUGAAGAGUUUGGAAGAGGAUCCUUUAAUGGAUGAGUCCUUGAGUUUAAAGAGUCUUGGCCUUUCAGAUGUCUGUCUUGCCACUUUAGCAUCUGAAGGUAGUCUCUUGCUACUGCCUGAUAGACAUGCUAACAGUAAGAUGGAUGAUCCCGAUAUAUCUAUGAAAGAAACAAUCAAGUGUUAUGGUGACAAUUUACACAACAUGAAGAGCCCAGACCAAGAUGCUGCAAACAUGGGGGUAAUUGAAGGAGAACUGAAACCAGCCGAAGCACUUAGAGCUUUCGUGAAGGCUUCAAAAGAUGAUUAUGAAAGUCUGCCUUCCUACGUGAAAAGUCUAACAUCAUGGGAGUUGAAACUUGAUAUCAUAACAUCAGUAGGCUUUUUGAAUGAUUCUGCAUUUCCGUCUUUACUAAGCUGGCGCAUGUACACAAUUUCUCGUAAGUAUAAUUGGACGGCAAUGAGGUUUGUUGUAUUGGAUCUGCUUAUUGCUGUUGAGAAAAUUAACUCUAGCCUGAAGAACAAGGAUAAGACCGAGGGAAGUAACUAUUUCCGCCAAGAUGAAAUCGAAUCAAUGGAUUUAGGUUUGUUACGAGCUUUAUCCUUUUCGACAUUAGAGAUGGAUUUACAAAUGCGGGACUCAAACUUGAGAUCUCAGCCUAAGAAAUCUAGGCCUAAAGCAAGAACUUAUUUGCUGCUGCUCAUACGCAUGAAUCGGUUGGCAAUUGAGGCUACCGAUGGUUUGAUAUCCUAUGAAGUUUUGUAG